AACGUCCUUAUCACCUCUGUUGAGAUCAGUUAAUUCGUUUGAAACUGUUUUCAUUGUUUCUCUAUCUUCAAUUUUAAUUCCUGAAAUAAAGGAAAUAUCUUUAUGAGGCAUAUCGAUAAUUAUGCUAUAAUUCUAAUAAAAGUAGAAUAAAUUCUAAAAUAUUAAAUAAACCGACAACGGUUGUUUAGGUUGUCAUGGAGACUGUAGUCACAGAGUCGCACGAGAGUGUAGCUAUGGAGGACACGCCACUGUUUACACGUGCACAAUCCCUGACUCGCGACAGGGACCCCGGCACACGUGAUUCUCACCCGACAGGAAAUUUUGUCGGCCUUCUGCAUCAAGGUUCAAUCAAUGAGGCCUCCUCGCCGCCCCGGUUUUCGCCAUGCCCAUCUCCCCUGAAGAUCUCCAACCUGAUCGCCCCAUCACCCGGCAUCGUUGUGUCCGUGCCCCAGCACUCCGAACAGGCCCUAUCGCCACCGCCCGGUGGGUCGGGCAAGCGGAUGUCACCUGGACUUGUGUGUGUGGUGUGCGGGGACACAUCCAGCGGGAAGCACUAUGGCAUCCUGGCAUGUAAUGGCUGCAGCGGCUUCUUCAAGCGUAGUGUUCGCAGGAAACUCAUCUACAGAUGCCAGGCGGGGACGGGACUAUGCGUGGUUGACAAGGCCCAUCGGAACCAAUGCCAGGCCUGCCGCCUCAAGAAAUGUCUCCAGUUGGGCAUGAACAAGGACGCAUGGGAUACGUGUGUACGAAGUGAUAGAAACGCCGUGCAGAACGAGCGGCAACCAAGGAACACGGCCCAGGUGCGGAACGACCAGCUGGAUACCGGGCUGGACAGCGGCCUAGCGGCCCCCUAUGCGACCGUGUCCGCCACCCAUCCCGCCUUCUCACCAGCAGCCAAGCGCCGGAUCCUACCUGGCAUGAUGGCUCACGACCAAGCAACUAAACCAGAAAACAGCUUACCUGAAGAUGGAGAUGAGAACAUAGACGUGACGUCAGAUGCGAAUGAGCGGCACGUGACGCCAUACUACAGUAACUACGGUGACGUUUUUUAUCCCCUGGGCGGCCAAGAGACGCUGUACGAGUGCUCGGCCCGCCUCCUCUUCAUGGCCGUCCGCUGGGCCAAAAACCUCCCGUCAUUCGCGAACCUUCCAUUUCGAGACCAGGUGAUCUUGCUGGAGGAGACGUGGGGAGAGCUCUUCAUGCUCUGCUCUAUCCAGUGGUCCAUGCCCAUGGACGCCUGUCCGCUCCUCGGCGCCCACGACCACGCCCAGGCUAAGUCAGGUGCGCUUGCCGCUGACAUCCGUGCACUCCAAGAGAUGUUUGCGAGGUUCAAGUCUAUCGGUGUCGACCCGGGCGAGUUUGCAUGCCUCAAAGCAGUUUCUCUAUUCAAACCAGAGACCCGGGGCCUAAAGGAUCCGCGACAAGUGGAGAGUCUUCAGGACCAGGCGCAAGUAAUGCUGGGCCAACACAUCCGGGCCCAGCAUCCCACACAGCCCGUAAGGUUUGGACGGCUGCUGCUGAUGCUGCCGUCGCUGAGGCUCGUGGGAUCGGGGGCCAUUGAGAAGGUGUUCUUUGGCCGCUCCAUUGGAAACACACCCAUGGAGAAACUCCUCUGUGACAUGUUUAAAAGUUGAAUCCUGA